AUGGCCCCGCCGCUCCCGCUGCUGCUGCUGCUGCUGCUGCUCGCGGGCUCCGCCGCGCUGCCCGCGCCCCCCAGGGCCGCGAGACACUCGGACGGGACGUUCACGAGCGAGCUCAGCCGCCUGCGGGACAGCGCGCGGUUGCAGCGACUGCUGCAGGGCCUGGUGGGGAAGCGCAGUGAGCAGGACACGGAGAAUGGCACCACCUGGUCCAAACCCGCGGAGGGUCAGCUCUGCCUGCGGUGGUCUGAAGUACCUGCUCUGCAGGCCUGGAGCCCCCUGGAUCGUACCUGGUCUCCCUGGCUGCCUCCUGGGGUCAUGACUUCAGAGUGGGCUGAAGCAAGGAGGCAGCCCAGAUGA